CUUAGGGUAAAUUCCAGAAAACUACCCUGAGGUUUGAGUUAAUACCAACUAGGUCCAACACUUCUCAAAACUAACCAACUUAGUCCUUAAAAGACACUUUUGUCCCUAAAUACCUAAACCCUGUUACGUUCUCUUCUCUCAUCUCUCUUCUCUGACUCUCAUCUCUUUUCCCUUUUUCUCUCUCACACAGGUGAUGCCCAUCUCUUCUCUCUCGUCCAUCUCUCCCUCACCGAACUCUGGUCAUUGGUAUCACUUUACUCACAAUGCCUGGAGAAGUGAUCAAAAAGAAGGCUUCAAAGACUCACUCUAGCCACCGAGAGCACGAGAGCCCUAAAAGGAUACCUCAACCUAGACGCCAAGUGCACGAGGCCCCUAAAAGGAUACCUCAACCUAGCCGCCAAGUGCACGAGGCCCCUAAAAGAAUACCUCAACCUAGCCGCCACGAGGCCCCUAAAAGAAUACCUCAACCUAGCCGCCAAGAGCACAAGCCCACUAAGCAGAGAACUCGCUCUGGCUACCCAGCGCACGAGUUUGAGAAGAAGAAUUAUCAAAAGCCAUACCGGUGUGAUGGAUGCAAGGAGCUGGGUUAUGGAUCAAGAUACAAACGUGACAACGUUGAACUCCAUAGGGAAUGCUUGUUCCCCUCCCGCACAACUUCCCAUGAGUUUUUUCCAGGAGACACCUUCAAAUUCCUCAAAAAAACGCCAGGAGAGAAAGAACGAUGUUGUGAUGCAUGUGGAAUGGAUGUAAAAGGCUUUGUUUACCACUGUGAAGCGAAGGAGUGGGAUUUGCAUCCAUGUUGUCGCAAGCUCAAGAAUAAAAUGGAAAUUGAUGGUGUGAAAUUCCAGCUGUGCUGCAAUAAGGUGCCCAAAAAGAAGUGCUUAUUUUGCAAGAAGGAGAAGCUUCCAAAUGGGGUCCCGGGCAUCCCAGGUUGGUUUUAUCGGUCCGCCGGAAAUGAUAAUUACCAUUUUCAUGUGAAUUGCUCAAUGAAAUGGGUCAUCGAUAGCUGGAAGGAUAUUGAGCAACAAGAUAAUAACCGUUUGACGCUAAAUAAUUUGGCACUAACAGAAUUAAAAGCUGAUUCGAUUAAAAGAGAUAGAAAAGUUUUGAAGUAUUUGCGGAUAGCGAUGUUGGUCUUAAGGUGCACUGCAAGUUUACUUUUAGGGGAUCCCACCCAAUUACUUUUUUCCCUUCCCGAUCUGCUGUCUUCCCUCGGGUAGGGUACUGCCGCUAGUGUUCCUGGUAUGCUCUAAUAAGCACUGUAAUGGAAUAGCUAUUACAUCCCAUACUGCUGUUCCGCUCAAAAAUAAUUUCUACCACUACUGCAAUUUCUACUGGGUCUCUUUCUAUUUU